AUGGAAGCCGGCCUCGUAAACAGUGCCGAGAGCGACGAGGCCAUCGCCACCAACAACGUCAACAACGUCAACAACGCUCGUCGAGGUCCGCCCCCCGACCUCGCCGUACCAGAAGUCGUACUCCGGCAUCUACCCUCAGACGACGACGAAGAAGAAGAAGAAGAUGAGGAGGAAGAGAAGGAGGAGGAGGAAGGUCCGGGGACGGCGCAGAGAAGCGCACUCAGCGUCCCGGGGCCGGUGUACGCGUCAACGUACACCAACUCGCCGUCCUGGAUGUCGACGUACACAUCUUCCACGCACGCCACGACGUACACCACCACCCACGAGCGCUCGCGGCGGGACGGGGACGCGGACGGCGACUGGCUGGACGUGAGGAGCCGCAGGCCGCCGUAUCCCCGGCGGCCGAGGACUUCGAGACGGGACGCCAGGGCGAGGUCCUUCGGUACGGGGACAGGGACAGGGUCGGGGAUCGAGGUGCCGGGGUGGGAUGCGGCGGAGAUAGAGGGUGGGAGUUAUUGCGUCCUCGAGGGGGCGAGGUGGGAGGAGCAGAGGGCCCUUGCGACGCCGAGGCGGCGGCAGCAGCAGCAGCAGCAACAACAACAAGACCCAAAACUUCGCAGUAAAAAGGGUGCCUUCGGGAAGGGGAAAAGGUGGAGAACCAAGUUCGGACACUUGUCUGAUGUCUCGAGGACGACGUCGCUGCCGCUCGUGGAGCCGCCGACGCCGCGAUACGUGUACGAUGUCUUUGUAGUGUCUGCCUCGGGGACCGGGGCGAAGGGGCUCGGGGUGCCGUACAUGUCGGGGAAGGGUCACGCCCGGGCCGUCUACUCAAUGGCGUACGUCAGGGGUACCGGAUCCGCGAGAGGCCCAUGGGGCAUGUUCGCUGCCAAGGACGACGACGACGGAGCGGGCGGCCUCGUGGGGGUUGUCUGGCGGGAGGGUGUCUGGAAGGGUGUGUUGGGGUGUUUGCAUGAUGUGCUUGGCCUCGGCAGAGGAGGCGGUUGGAAGGACGAUGUAGACUAG